CUGUCGCAGGUCCUUCCUGUGCCACCGUCGCUCAGCGUGUAUUCCACGGUCAGUCGACCUGUCCUGUCCUCGUAUCCCCCUCGUCUGUCAACAUGUCCCGCUGCCUGUCGCUGGCUCGGUUCGCCCUCGGUUCCUCUCAGAGGGUCAACCCGCGACUAAUGUCAUGUGCACGAGGGCUGAGCUGCCGAACUGUCUCGCGGACUAUCACUGGAGGCUCGCAGGUUCUCCAGCAGCAGAGGUGGAGCAGUCGGCCCACAGCGUGGAGCUCCCAGCGGUCCUGCCUCGGCUUCAGCCAGCAGUCUUACUACAGCACACAGGAGGUGGAGAAGGAGCCUGAAGAGGAGCCUCUGCACACCAUCAUCAGUGAUACAGAGGCUGUACAAGGCAGCUUCGCCAAACAUGAAUUUCAGGCUGAGACGAAGAAACUCCUGGACAUCGUUGCCAGGUCCUUGUAUUCAGAGAAAGAGGUGUUCAUCAGGGAGCUGAUCUCUAACGGCAGCGACGCUCUGGAAAAACUGCGCCACAAACUGGUGACAGCUGGUGGUGAAACGGCUCAGAUGGAGAUCCACCUGCAGACUGAUGCCGCCAAAGGCACAUUCACCAUUCAGGACACAGGAGUUGGGAUGAACCAAGAGGAGCUGGUGGCCAACCUGGGGACUAUCGCCCGCUCCGGUUCAAAGGCAUUUUUGGAUGCCCUGCAGAACCAGGCAGAGGCCAGCAGCACCAUCAUCGGUCAGUUCGGAGUUGGAUUCUACUCCGCCUUCAUGGUGGCUGACCGCGUUGACGUCUACUCCCGGUCUGCCGAGCCUGGCGCACCCGGAUACAAGUGGUCCUCAGACGGCUCUGGAGUGUUUGAGAUCGCCGAAGCCACCGGUGUCCAACAGGGAACGAAGAUCGUGCUGCACCUCAAGGACGACUGCAAGGAGUUUUCCGCCGAGGACCGAGUCAAAGAGGUCGUAACAAAGUACAGCAACUUCGUCAGCUUCCCCAUCUUCCUGAACGGACGGAGGCUCAACACUCUGCAGGCCUUGUGGAUGAUGGAGCCUAAAGAGAUCAGUGACUGGCAGCACGAGGAGUUCUACCGCUACAUCGCCGAGUCCUACGACAGGCCCCGCUACACGCUGCACUACCGCGCCGACGCCCCGCUCAACAUCCGGAGCAUCUUUUACGUCCCUGAAAACAAGCCGAGCAUGUUUGACGUGAGCAGAGAGAUGGGCUCCAGUGUGGCUCUGUACAGCAGGAAGGUCCUGAUCCAAACCAAAGCCACCGACAUCCUGCCCAAGUGGCUGCGCUUCCUCCGAGGUGUGGUGGACAGUGAGGACAUCCCGCUGAAUCUGAGCCGGGAGCUGCUGCAGGAGAGCGCCCUCAUCAGGAAGCUCCGCGACGUUUUGCAGCAGAGGGUGAUCCGCUUCCUGUUGGACCAGAGCAGGAAGGAGCCGGAGAAGUACAGCAAGUUCUUCGAGGACUACGGCCUCUUCAUGAGGGAGGGCAUCGUCACCACGCAGGAACAAGACGUCAAGGAGGACAUUGCGAAACUGCUGAGGUUCGAGUCUUCUGCUCUGCCGGCGGGACAGCAGACCAGUCUGAUGGAGUACGGCUCCCGCAUGAAGGCCGGCACACGAAACAUCUACUACCUGUGCGCCCCCAACCGCCACCUGGCAGAGCACUCGCCCUACUUCGAGGCCAUGAAGCAGAAAGACAUGGAGGUGCUGUUCUGCUACGAGCAGUUCGAUGAGCUGACCCUCCUCCACCUGCGGGAGUUCGACAAGAAGAAGAUGAUCUCCGUGGAGACCGACAUCGUGGUGGAUCACUACAAGGAGGAGAAGUUUGAGGACAGCAAGCCGGCCUCCGAGCGACUGACGCAGGAGCAGGCCGACGACCUGAUAUCCUGGAUGAAGAACGCUUUGGGUCCCCGAGUCACCAACAUCAAGCUGACUCCUCGCCUGGACACCCACCCAGCUAUGAUCACGGUGCUGGAGAUGGGCGCUGCACGCCACUUCCUCCGCACCCAGCAGCUGGCCCGCACCCCCGAGGAGAGAGCUCAGAUACUGCAGCCCACGCUGGAGAUCAACGCAGGACAUGAUCUGAUCAAGAAGUUGCAGGCACUGAAAGACACAAACUCUGACCUGGCUGGACUGCUGCUGGAACAGAUCUACGACAACGCCAUGAUCACAGCGGGCCUGAACGACGACCCCCGACCGAUGAUUUCCCGCCUGAACGACCUGCUGACUCGAGCUCUGGAGAAGCACUGAGAGCUCCUCACAGACAUGAACAGUGCAGACUGUCGUGGGUUUGAUCACAGUGGCCUGAUGUGGACUACAAACGUGGAGAUUUCUUGAGGAGAGCGACGGGCCUCAUGGAGUUCCUUAUUCCCCCCUCAUGGAGUGCACGUAAAAGCUCAGAUGAACCGCUGGAUGCUUCUUUGUAAACACUUCUAUGUCUUUAUUAUGCUCCGUGUCUCAUGUGAUGUUGAUAAAUGAGGUUUUGGUUGACUCAUACUACAGUAAUAAUCUUUUAGGCUCUUUGUCAUCAUCCUCCUGGAUAAUGUGGAUGCCACCAACCACAAAGAGCGAGGAGGGAACACUGCAAAAAAGUGCGAUUUGUAGUUUGUCAGUCCAGAAACUGUUGAUCUUUAGAAUCAUAUUUCUAAAAUCCUCUUGAAAUAACAUGAAAAACCAGCUGAAGACACAUUGAGUUUUCUUCUAAAGUGUGUUUUAGAGCUUUGAAGUGGUCAGAGACUGAUGAAGGUUUAUUCAGACUAAAAAAAUGUCCAUUUUCUGUCCUUUUUGUAUGAGCCCUCCAAACUUUACCAUGUUUUUUUUCCCCACUUCAGUUAUUAUUUGUGUUGUUUUUGUGUCAAUAUCUGAGACAUGGAUGGGAAGGAAAAUAUCAUUUCACAAUUUGUAUUUUGUUGCUGCAAACAUAGCUUGUCGGCCAUCAGUGGUCAAACAUGGCUUCUCAACAGGUUUCAUUUGUAUUAAAGUAUCAGCGAACCUAAAAAUGCAUCUAAAAAUACUGUACAAUUA